AUGGCACAAACAAGGCGCGUGCCAGUCUUUGGUUCACGGCCCCCAUGUGCAUACCAAUCCCGACUUGAUGAACAUAGCUUACAAUUACGUAUGGCUAGAUUGGAACGGUCCAGAAAGUUAGAUAAACCGGAAGAUUUUGUUUGUUAUGAAGACUCGGAUGAAGAAGAAGAGAACACAAUGUCAUUAUGUACUAUGCUAAACUCUUCUUAUAAUUUUGUUGAUUAUAUAAGAAAUCGGGAAUAUGGAAUGCGAGAGUAUCGUUCAGUAAAUCAGAAUCAUGGUACAAGGCAUAUACUAACACAUGAUUUAUUUAAAGAACGGUCUAUUCCAUUAAACACAAUGAAUAAAGUUUUUUGUUCACAAUGGCUUAGUAGUAAACAAAUUGUCUUUGGUACAAAAUGUAAUAAAUUAAUGGUUUAUAAUGUAAAAUCACAUGAACUGGACCAAAUACCAUCGAUAAAGGGACGUAUAGAUGAAGCGGCUGAUCAACGAAGCGGUAUUCAUUCAUUAAAAAUUAAUCCAUCCAGAACGUUAUUGGCAACAGGCGCAUAUAAUUCUAAUGAAAUUGCUGUAUAUAGGCUGCCAACAUUAGAUCCAAUUGUUCUAGCCGAGGGUGCUCACAAAGAUUUGAUAUUCGACAUUGAAUGGUUGGAUGAUGAGUUUUUUGUUAGUGGAUCACGAGAUACCAAGCUUGCUCUAUGGCAAGUUCAAGAUAAAUACCAAGAAAAGUAUGAUUCUGAUGGUGAUUUC